CGAGCCAAGACAAGAUGCCUUCGGACGACGAGCGCAGUGUGAGCGACGUGAGCGACGUGGAGGAGGAGGUGCAGGCCCCGGCCGAGGAGGUCGAGGACUGCAGCAACUCGGACGUGGUCACCAAGUACCGCCUGGCCGCCGAGAUCGCGCAGUCGGCGCUCGAGGGCGUGCUGUCGCAGCUCGAGGCCGGCAAGGACGUGGUGGAGCUCUGCAAGUUCGGCGACCUGAUCGUGGAGCAGCGCUGCGCCGCCAUCUUCAAGAGCAAGAAGAUCGACAAGGGCGUGGCCUUCCCCACGUCCAUCUCGGCCAAUGAGAUCAUCUGCCACUUCUCGCCCCUGCAGAACGAGUCGCUCGUGCUCAAGGCCGGCGACUGGGUCAAGAUCGACCUGGGCUGCCACAUUGACGGCUACAUCGCCGUCGUGGCCCACACGGCCAUCGUGCCCGCCGAGGGCUCGGCCGCCGCCGCCGAGUUCCCGGAGCUCAAGGGUGAGGAGGCUGACGUGCUCAAGUGCGCGCACGACGCCGUGGAGCUCUGCGCGCGCCUCAUCAAGCCGGGCAACACGAACCUGCAGGUGACGGAGGCGCUGACCAAGCUCGAGGAGUCGUACGGCGUCAAGAGCCUGCAGGGCACGCUCAUGCACCAGCUCAAGCGCUUCGUGAUCGACGGCAACAAGGUCAUCGCCCAGAAGAUGGACGUGGAGAACCGCACCCCCAAGGUGACGUUCGAGCCCAACGAGGUGUACACCAUUGACGUGUGCUACACCACGGGCAGCGAGAAGCCCGUGAACAGCGAGCGCCGCACCACGGUCUUCAAGCGCCAGGUGGACAAGCAGUACCGCCUCAAGAUGAAGGCCUCCCGCUACGUCUUCAAGGAGAUCAACAACAAGUUCCCGACGCUGCCCUUCACGAUCCGCGCCUUCGAGGACGAGAGCCAGGCCCGCAUGGGCGUGGUCGAGUGCGUCAAGCACGACCUGCUGCAGGCCUACCCCAUCCUGGAGGGCCGCCCCGGCGACAAGGUCGCGCACUUCAAGGUCACGGUGCUGCUGCUUCCCAGCGGCACGACCAAGAUCACGGGCCUCACGUUCCCAGGCGACCGCGUGCACUCGGAGAAGACCGUAGACGAGGAGACCGCCAAGAUCCUUGCUUCCUCCCUGAAGAAGAAGAACAAGAAGAAGAAGAAAAAAACGACCGCUUAAGUCGUCGUCACCUUCUGCCGGCCUCGGUGCGCCUCCUCCCACGCGCGGCUCGCUACCCAGCGCAGCCUGACGUGGAGAGCGAGCAACUCGGCCAUGCUCCCUUCCUUUCAGCCACCGAGCGCAAGCGGCCAGGGUGCUGAAUCGACGGCGAAGCAAGCGAAUCGGGGAAAAAUAGUCGCAGCGUGUGGUUCUCGUCCUUCUUCUUCUUCUUUUCCUUGCGGCUGCUGCCGUCUCAGCAGCUUUGCCUAGAGCGUAGGCGAAGGAGGAAGCCAAUAGCUCGUUCCUUCGGAAAGCAGUAAGAUAUUUCCUUUUCCCCCUCGGACAUGUGAGACCAUC